UUAACAUUCUACAUUCUAAAUUCUAAUCUCUAACCGUAUAGUUUUCUUUACUAUGAGUGUGGGUAGUUUUGAAUAUUCACUGAAAAAGAUUGUGUUGGUUUAAACGAAGUGUUUGUUGUUUGUUGUUGUUUUGCUUUAAUUACCAAAAUGAAUAAAGGUCGGAACUUCGGCGCUCAAAGAAAAUUUGCUGCUGGAGCAUGUACACGUAUGAAGAGCAAAGCUCCAUUGGAAACUCCCACAGAAACCAGCCCUGAUCCAGUACGUCAACUACGUUAUGUGAAGAAAAAACCAGCAAAUCUCCUGGACAGACUUGCUUUUAAUGAUAUACAUAAGCAUAUUCAACCAGUAGUGGUCCUUGAGCGACUACAAACGAACCAACUUCCUAAUGCGCAGUUGAGCCAGAAUGUAGCUACUUCAGCAGAUGACCCAGAGAUAGUGAUGAUAUGUGACAGUGAUUCCACAGAAGAAAUGGAUGAGACCCUAUUAAUUGAAAAUUCAAAUUCAAGUUAUAUUAAACCAAAUACUAGAAAGGAUCGUGAGACUCGAGAUCGACAUACCAAUAAACAAAGUCACUCUGGAGAUUCAACUAGUGAUGAUGAAAUUCCUAUACGAAAGAAACAAAAGAUGAGCAUUUUGGAGGCACCUGUGUUUCGACCUACGGUUGAUGAAUUUAAAGAGCCACUAACAUAUAUAGAGAAAAUUUUACCAGAAGCGUCCAAAUAUGGCUUAUGCAAAGUUAUACCACCUGAUGGAUUCACACCACCCUGUAAUCUUGAUGGGACUAUGAACUUUAAUGUAACCAACCACUACGUGCAACGGAUGUUCAAACGAUAUGGGCCAGCUGCCAAAAAGUUGACCACUUUCAAAGCCGUCUUGGCGUCGCAAAAAGUGACAUUUAGGCGACCGCCACUACUAAGCGGCUUGGAAGUGGAUUUAGCAUAUUUAUUCAAGCUAGUACAGCAAAUGGGUGGGCUAAAGAAGUUAACAAAAAUUGUACAAUGGAACAAAGUUGCUGACCAGUUAAAGUUGUGUCGUCAUUUAAAAAAUCCCGGUCAAAAAAUUAAACAAAUUUAUGAAAAAUAUUUAUUACCAUAUGAAGUGAUGACAACGUUUGAGAAAGAAAAUUUGAUAGAACAGGUGGAUCUUUUGUGCGAAAAAAGUCAAUCGAGGAUGUCUAACCGUGCACGGAGUCCUCUGCACGCACAAAGGCAAAUGCUGGAGCCAGGUGACUCCACCGAUAAUGAUUCAUGUGAUGAAAUCUCGGCAAAAGACCAUUUAAUAUUAAAUGCCCUUGCUGAGACUGACGAUUGUAUCGUGCCGGGGCGAUCAAUGAAUCUUUACGCUUUCCAAAAAGUGGCAGAAGUCGCUUCCAAUGCAUUUUUAUCUUCUACAACUCUGAAAACAAAAUCCAUAGAAAAAGCAUAUUGGGACGUUGUCUUGUCGAGGACCAAGCAUGUCUGUGUAAACGCAGCUUCCAUAGACACGGGUGCCGCGGAUUAUGGGUUUCCAAAUAAUGAUUCCACCGACCAUUAUAGUAGACAUCCUUGGAACUUGAAGUGUAUCAGUAGGGACAUACAGAACAUGUUAAGUUUCUUGGGUCCCGUGGUUGGAAUGACUGCGCCCACAUUGCAUCUGGGAAUGCUGUUCUCGACGAGUUGCUGGCACAGAGACCCUCAUGGCCUCCCAUGGAUUGAGUAUAUGCAUAGUGGAAAGAAGAAAGUAUGGUAUGGCAUCGACGAUUCGCAAAGCGAUACAUUUCGGAUAGCAGUGGAACGCUUGUGCCCGGCGUUCGUUCAGAAUAAAUCCGUUUGGUUACCAUCAGACAUUGCGAUGAUCCCACCGGAUUUAUUGCAGGACUCUGUUUCUCUGUGCCGGGCUGUGCAAAAUCCGGGCGAAUUUAUAAUAGUUUGCCCAAAAGCCUAUUCGUCUUCAAUUGCCACGGGAUACACAAUAUCCGAAAGUGUGUACUUCGCUACAUUGUCCUGGAUACAUUGUCUCGGUGAAACGUUUGAUACAUUAAAAAGCAGUUGUGAACCAACAAUGUUCUCUCUUGAGCAACUGUUGUUUGCAUUCGUAAGAGAUGCCCGUACGCCGCCGUCGGUUUUAAGAGCCAUUGAGCCGAUAUUAAAAGAGGUUCUCAACAAGGAGUUCAGUAACAGACAGAAGUUGGAAGAAAUGGGUUUAACUAAAGCGUGGCUAAAACCAUACAAGCCUAGUGCGACAAGAGCUUGGAAUGUAUCCGAUCAAGAUGAGUGCUAUAUAUGCCGGAUGACUUUAUAUUUAUCGAGGGUGCGAGGCGUGUUUGAUAAAAACUCAGUCUUAUGUCUGGAACACGCGAUUAAAGUACUACAACAACCCAAUAAAAGUCAUCUAAUAACUGAGACUAAGCGAUUGUCAUUCAUAAUUAUGUACAGUACAAACGAACUUAAGGAGCUUUUGGAGUUUUUAAAAGAACGUCUAAGGAGAAACUAGCAUAAUAUUCAAGAAUGCGUGGUCGUUCUGCGAUACGGACAAAUAGAACAGGCAUUUACUGACCGCGUAAGAGACAGUUAAAAGUUUCGUAAAUAAUUUUGUAAAUAAUUUCGUGGUCGUCGUAUUAAUUUAUUAUCUUUACAAAUAUUCGGCUGCUGGGUCGUAGUGGUGAUAUUAAUUAUUUAAUUAUAAUAAGGCUGGUUGAUUGAUAUUUAUUAUUUAAUUAUAAAAAGGCUGGUUGAUUGAUAUUUAUUAUUUAAUUAUAAAAAG